UGGGUGGAGUAAGGCUCAGACUGAGGGGUGCAGUUACACUUUAGUAGAAGUAGUCUUCUCAUUUCCCAAUGUGAACAAACUACAUACACAAACCCUGCUUAGAAUCAGUAUGUAAUUUGUGACACAGCUACAGUUCCUAUAUUACCUCAAAGAUAUCUUUGCUACUUUUCUAUUGGGAAUUCUUGUUACUUAUCAGCUGACAUAUACACCACUAUGUACGAGUGAUGACCUAAAAUUGAUAUGUUGGCCUGAUUAAUCAGACUUUUGUCCCGUCUCACAUGCCACUCAGACUCUUCUCAAUCAGUCCAAUAUAGUUUAGAUGCAUGUCACGUAGGGAGCUAUAGUAUGUGUGUGGUUCCCUUCAUAUAGAGCAGUCUCUGUCCUUAACUGAGAGCAUACUCAUGACCAGGCAGAUCAACCAUGGGAUUCAUCAUGUCUGUCAGCAACAAGUAAAAUAGACGAUGCACUUGGGAAGAGCUGAAAACAACAAUGUAUUCAAGUGUGAAUAAAUUAAAUCAUAGAUGUAAUUAAUGAAUAGAUGAUGUUUCGUGGUGCCAGAACUUUAACAGCGUGACUGACUAUUGAAAUGAUGCGUUUAUUGUUUUGACCACUUAAAAAGGCUGUGCUGAAAUCUGUUGCUGGUUGAUGCUUGGUUUACAUUCUUGAGGUCUAACAAACAUGUUGAAUGCAUUUCCUUCCUUUUUAAUAUCUUUUCUUAACAGUUUAAAACCUACAUGUUAUAUAUAUAUAUAUGGCAAAAAUGUGCAUCACAUUACAUGAAGACGCAUGAGAACGAGAGCAAAACAAAACAGGAACUCAUUCAUAAAACCAUUGAUCUAUAACACUAGAAAUGGACAAGACUCCAUAUGGUAGCUAUUAAAACAUUUAUCAGUGUCUGAUCAAUCAGCACAGUGAAUUCAGAGCUGUCGAGUUUAAGUGCUCAUGAUUCAUGUGCAUACUGAGACAACCUAAACUUUGCCCUGUGUUGUUUAGCUUGAUUUGAUGCCAAAUUGCUUCGUGUUGUUAACGAAGAAGUUUCUUUGACAAAAGUUGUUCUGUUUGGAGAAAGGUGUCACACAGCUAUCUGAGCAAAUGUCUUCCAUCAAUUAAAGUAGAAAAGAUGUUAGGAAGCCAGGAGGAAAGAGCACAAAGUUAAGGCUGGAGAUGAAAGAAGAAUGAAGGGGGAGAAAUUGAAGGGCAUAGGAGAAAGUAGGACAAGAAAAUAUGAGCUGCACAAGAAAGCCCAAGGGUGCAACAGACAUGAAAAUAAUAAUAAUAGAGGUGCAGAAGAGGAACAGUGAAUGAAAUGAGAUGAGAAAUUAGUUGAAAGUGAGAAACAUGGUGGGGAAAUGGAGGGAGAAAUGAAGAGGAUAGACUCAUGCUGAGAAUAGAUGGGGGUGUAAAGGCUUGUUAAAUGCUGAUAAGAGAAAGUUAUGGAGGAGAAAUGGCAAAAAGCAAGCCCUCACAUUCUCUCCUUGAGGUGUUACAUUUUCUUUUUACAAGCACUUCUUGUUUAAUUUUCAUAGGAAUCUUGUCAAGGAAGAAUCUGACCUUCGAUAUUUACAGUCGACCUGAAAUGAUAGACAUGUAGGAGUUAAUAUCUGUAUGCCAAAGAGCGUCACACAUGCUUGAAAUGUAAAAAUGUGUAAUGAGGGUUGGGUCGAAGAGAAAGGGGAGUUUGAGACGGAGGGAAGAGGGGAGGGAUGGACAGUGAGAUGCAAAGACUAGGGGCAGGUCCAACAGGCAGCAGACAGUUGGGUAUCCACCUACUAAACCUUCUGUAUGGUAUAAAAUGAAUGUACUGCUCCUUUGCUUGUAACCAGAGGAAAGAGGAAUCUGUUGUGCCUGCUUUAACUCUUCUCUAAACCUGGUGCCACCCUGAUUAAACCCUGACUGAACCUGUUUCUCUCACUUACUAAAAACAACCAUGACGGCCAUUAAUGCACCUCGGGACAAAUACUAUGCUGUGUGGCUAAUUUUUUUUGUCCUGGGCUUGGGAACCCUUCUACCGUGGAAUUUCUUCAUGACAGCAACAAUGUACUUCACCAGUAGGCUGAAGGACCCACCCAGUGACUUCCCCUCCAAUCAGACGGAUAAUGUGACGAUGGAGGACGAGGGCCAUCGCAGCGUUCUGGAGUCAAAGUUCAACAACGUGAUGACGCUCUGUGCCAUGGUUCCUCUGCUCAUUUUCACCUGCCUCAACUCUUUCAUACACCAGAGUAUUCCUCAGAAGCUGCGGAUCUCAGGCAGCCUGCUCGUCAUCCUGUUGGUUUUCUUGGUGACAGCCGUUCUCGUCAAGGUGGACAUAGCCCCCCUACCCUUCUUCACCGUCACUAUGAUCAAAAUCGUCUGCAUCAAUUCGUUCGGGGCGAUUCUUCAGGGCAGUCUGUUCGGGCUGGCGGGGAUGCUGCCUGCCUCCUACACAACUCCCAUCAUGAGUGGACAGGGGCUUGCUGGCACCUUCGCAGCUUUCUCCAUGAUCUGCGCGCUGGCCAGUGGGUCGGCCCUGCAGGACAGUGCUUUUGGUUACUUCAUCACAGCCUGUGUUGUUGUUCUCAUGGCCAUAAUGUCCUACCUCGCUCUGCCCUCCAUGGAGUUUUUCCAGUACUACACAGAGAGUCACGGGUCCAGACCCUCCGCGGAUGAGGAGAACAAAAUGGACUUACUCAAAAAAGAAAGUCCAGCAGAGAAACGGCCGGUGGUGGAUCUGACGGAGGACGAGGCCAAACCCAGCGUGUCUGUGCUAAACAUCUUCAAACAGAUCUGGGUGAUGGCGCUGUCAGUGUGCUUCAUAUUCACCGUCACCAUUGGAAUAUUCCCAGCCGUGACUGUCGAGGUUAAGUCGACAAUAGCAGCCGGAGGCGCCUGGGACACUUACUUCAUCCCUGUGUCCUGUUUCCUCCUUUUCAACGUGAUGGACUGGGUUGGCAGGAGUCUGACAGCCGUCUGCAUGUGGCCCAAUAAGGACAGUAUCUGGCUUCCUGUCCUGGUGGUCCUGCGCGUCAUCUUCAUCCCUCUGUUCAUGCUGUGUAACGUGCAGCCUCGUCACUACCUCCCUGUGCUGUUUUCCCACGACAUCUGGUACAUCAUCUUCAUGAUCUUCUUCUCCUUCUCCAACGGAUACCUGGCCAGCCUCUGCAUGUGCUUCGGACCCAAGAAGGUGCCGCCGCAUGAAGCAGAGACGGCGGGGGCCAUCAUGGCAUUCUUCCUGUCCCUCGGCUUGGCUCUGGGAGCUGCAGUCUCGUUUGCUUUCCGGGUCAUGAUCUAAAACCUCCAGCAGACCCUUCAGUAGACGUAGAUUAGACCUCCAUCUCUCCCUGUCAUGACCUUCACAGGAGAGCCUUUGAAUAAACUGGACUAGCCAACGACUGAGAGGAGACGGUACAGCCGACUAGAGAUCUCAACCUCAGUCUUCCAGAAGUUACAGACUCCUCAUCCAGCCAUCACGGCAACAAUAUAAGCUGAAACAUUUUACUGAAUACUUUUUUUUUUCUUUUCUGGAGCAUCAUUUACAAUCAAUGCCAUCAAUCAAACCGGAUAUUUCUCUUGAGACAAAUUGACGAGCAGAGUGCGACUCAACAAGUGAAUCAAAACCAAAAGUGUAGAAAAGAAAAUCCAUUCUAGUGGACUCAUCACUCGGCAGAAAUCCUUUGUGGUUCUGUGUAAAUUCAGUUUUCCCAGAUAUCACAAAUCUGCUGGCAGCAUUAAGGAAGGCUGCAUGUACAGUAGUAUCCCAGAGCCUCAUUCAUAAAACUUUCUUUUUACACAUUAUAUGAAAAAAAACAAAAAAACAAUGAUAAAAUGUUAUAUUUAUUUAAUUUUUUUAGUUUUAUAAAGUUCUUUCACUUCCUGUUUAACAAUCAUAUUGGUAGAAAUCACAUGAAAUGAUCGGAUGGUGUUUAUAUAAAGUCUUGACACGAUUUUUUUUUUUUUUUUUUUUUUUAUAAAUGAGGCUCUCGGAUGCUGUUUGGCUCGUUCACAUUCACCAUUAAAUUUAACUCAUGAAUUUAUGAACUGUGUUAUCCUCAACCUUUUUUUUUUUUUUACGAAAAACGUGGAUUUACGAUCUUUGCGUCACCGUUGGACUGUUGCAGCUUUUUUUUUUUUUUUUAACUCUGAUCAAGCCAAAUACACAAAGAUAACAUGUGAAACUGAUGAACUUUGAAGGGAGGUCAUGACUCAUCAACCAGCUACUGUGCCAUAUGUGUAAACCGCUUUGCUCCCCUCAUGUCGACUCGGGUCACUUUUGUUUGUUCGCUUCCUCAACAACAAAUCAUUGAUUUCUCAAAGAAUGUAAGAAGGGCCUAAAGCCGAGGUUUAGUCAAUAAUUUAGGCCAGUGCCUGCCUGGAAACCUUCCCCCGCUGAAACUCUUAGAGAGUGCUGUUUGUCGAUUGGUCCGUCUGGUAGUUUUAGAUGAAGUUGUAUCAACCCGGGUCUAGAUUCUCAGCCCACAUUCGAGGGCUGUUUAUGUUACUGUCUUCCUGAUAAACACUUUUUGCCACGAUGUAUUUUAAACAUGGUUAAAGAAAAAAUAUGCAGCUGUCAGUGAGAUUUUUAAAAAAAAAAAUGUCACUCUUCAGCUGUUUUGAGUCUGUGCCAUUUCUCAUCAGACAUGUUCUCAUGGAAGAUAAGUUUUAUAUCAGAAGUAGUUUUUAGCAUGUUUUUAAAACUUAAGCCACUCGGCUUGUACUGAGUUAGAUUGUUUUUAUGUACAAGGGGAGAUAAAAGGUCACAUGCCUGUUGAUGUAUUUUUGUUUAGUUGCAUAUUUGUGGCCUUUUGAUGCUUUUGUUUUUUGUUUUUUUUAAAGUUUACUUUAGUUAUUCAUAGUAUUUUUCAUGUUGCCAUCUGUAUACAUCCUAACAGCCUGUUUAAAAGCACACCAUUGGUCUGUUCUUCGAUACUGCGUCUUGUUUGGAAUGGACGAUUGAAAUGUUACUUAACCUUGUAUUGCAGUUUAAAACAGUUCUGUGAUAAAAAAAUAAGUGUAUUUUUAAGAA